AGGUUUUCAUGGGUGUUGGAUAACACAUAAGAAAAUGGAUAGCAAUCGCAAAAUAUCAGAUGCAGUUUUUUCUGAUCAUUCAGACUGACCUUAACACUACUUAUUAAAUAGGUAUAUGUAUAUAGAACAUACAUCACGAACGUAUAUGUUAAUAGUAGUUUCAUAACUCAAGUACUGUAUCAUGUGGCAAAUUCUUUUAAAACAAAACAUAUUUUAAUUAUGCCUACAGUUAAAUUCUGUUGUCAUUGUGUUUUAGCUUUUGAGUUUUACUACUGUUGCCUUCAGUUUAUCUGACCAUAGACCUUUAAGGCCAAAGUUAGACUGAAGAGACUGUGUUGUCUGCAAUUUUGUGGGUUGGAGGUCCGUUUGUACUGAAGAAAAUAUUGUGUUUAAGGGUCACGUAAGUUUACUUUGAGGCCCGGAAGAAACAGAUAAGCAGGAUCUAGUCAUGAUUUAUCAAUUCAACACCGUGUGUGUGUGUGUGUGUGUGUGUGCGCGCGCGCGCGUUUGUGUGUGUGAAGGGUGUAGGCACUCCACCACUUUUUCAUGUCGGCUCACUAAUGAUGACACUCUUCCAGGAUAAGGACCCAGCUGUAAUUAAAUCUCACUUUUCAAACAACUGGAGGAACUGUGACCAGGACACUAACAAAAGCACAUUUUGGGUAAAAAACAAGUGCAGGGACAUUUGCAGUACCAGAGGUAGUAGCGCUGCAGUAAUGGAAGAAUCCUCGGAAGACUAUGACAAUUACACCUAUGAUUAUCUGGAGUAUGGAGACUUGGAAAAAGAAAAAGGUGGAUACUCUCAGAAGGAGGCUAUGCACAUCCUAUCAGUUAUCAUAUAUAGUAUUUCCUUCGUGCUCGGUGUCACUGGAAAUGGAAUAGUCAUAUGGGUCACGGCAUUUAAAAGCAAACGGACAGUGAACAGUAUAUGGUUGCUGAACAUGGCUAUCGCAGAUUUUGUGUUUGUGCUCUUUUUGCCCUUCUCCAUCGACUACGUUCUUAGAGACUUCCACUGGUCCUUUGGGCUGGUCAUGUGUAAACUCAACUCGUUUGUGUCUGUGAUGAACAUGUACGCCAGUGUGCUCUUCCUCAUGAUUCUCAGUCUAGACAGGUAUGUCUCAUUGGUCCACCUUAGCUGGUCUCAGAGGUGUCGCACUAUACGGCGAGCCUGGAUCGUGUGUGGCUGUGUGUGGGGGGUGUCUGCUCUACUGAGCCACCCUACUCUGAUAUUCCGUGACACUAUGCACAUAUAUGGCAGGGUGGUGUGCUUCAACAACUUCAAUGUCCAGGAUGAACAUACAGCUGCUGUUAGACAUAUCACACUGGUGGCAGUUCGUACAGCAGUGGGCUUCUUACUGCCCUUCAGUGCCAUCUGCGUGACUGGCAUUCUCCUGGCAAUCAAAGUCCACCAGUCUGAAGAUUCUGUGCGCCUGUCCAGCUUCUCUAAAACAGUUUCCGCUGUCAUUCUGGCCUUCUUUUUUUGCUGGGCACCGUUCCAUACGUUUAGUUUAAUGGAGCUUUCCAUGCACUCUUCAAUGUUUCUACAUACUGUUCUGAAGACAGGUUUUCCUCUUGCUACUAGCUUAGCCUUUUUCAACAGCUGUGUCAACCCUCUCCUCUACAUGUUGGUGGGCAAGAAGGUUCGCCAGCUCCUGAAGCGCUCGUGUCUGGACAUCACAAAGAGUUAUCUGCGGGAGCUCAGCCAGUCCAUCUCUGCAACUGAGUCGGUGACUGUGGCAGAUGUCGGUCCUUCAGACAUCCCUCCACCAGAGGAGCCCACAGAAUCAUCAACUGUAUGAUUAUAAUGCAGUACAUCCUAAACUCACAGUUACCUGUAAACAGAAAUCAACAAGAGCUGCUAUUUUACCUUUGAGAGCCAGCCUGACCAUUAUUUUACCAGAUGUGACUUAUUUUAUAUUCUACUUCAGUGUAACAUUUCUGCUUGUUGUUUCAGUUGGCUAUUUCCAAGCAGCAAUUACUCAAAGUGCCAACUUCUGUUGACUGUAAAUUGCCCUCAGUGGAAAACCUGAGUAAAGUCUUGCACUAAAAGUAUAACUUGCACAGGAAAAAAGAGGUAACUUUAAUGAUUUGAAAAAAUAAUCUGAUCCUAAUUACCCCAAAAACAAACAGGAAAGGGGGCCAACCAUCCCCACAGCCUCUGGAACAGGAAUUAUUAGAAGCAGAUCUACCAUUUUCAUAAACACUUUGUAUUUAGAUUUCGAUCUUUAAACAAAUCCAAGUUGGGAAUUUGCAAAUCUCCGUAGGCCUUUUCUUUCCCUUAGGAAUAUAUUACAUUGAAAAGGUAUGUUUUCCUUUCUAAGCUAAUUUCCUGUUACAGUGUUCUCUGUUAUUAUACACUAUAAAAAAUGCUGGGUUAUAAACAUCCCAAUGUGGGUAAAUAUUGGACAGAACAACAUCCCAAUGUUGGGUUACAAACAACCCAUUGUUUUCUUUAAAAGAGAAAGGUUGGGUUGUUGAUGCUCUGAUCCACCGGGUCAGACCAGAAGACUGGAGGCGUAACUUAGUAGGGGUGUGGUUUUUAGAUAGUUAUUUUUGGCCACCUGUGAGGGCAAAUGUCAUUCCGAUUAAUCUGUUCUGUUUUCUUGUCAUCACCUGUUAAGGUUGAGCACUGACACUUUUCAAAUCAAAUCCAAUUUUAUGAGUCACAUGCACAGAAUACAACAGUUGCAGACCUUACCGUCAAAGGCUUACUUACAAGCCCUUAACUGACAGUGCAGUUCAAGAAAUAGAGUUGAGAAAAUAUUUACUAAAUAAAAUAAAAUAAUUAAAAGUAACACAAUAAAAUACAAUAACAAGGCUAUAUACAGGGGGUACCGGUACCGAGUCAAUGUGCAGGGGUACAGGUUAGUUGAGGUAAUUUGUACAAGUAGGUAUAGUGGCUAUGCAUAGAUAAUAAACAGAGAGUAGCAGCAGUGUUAAACAAAGGGGGGGGGGUCAAUGUAAAUAGUCCGGGUGGCCAUUUGAUUAAUAGUUCAGCAGUCUUAUGGCUUGGAGGUAGAAGCUGUUAAGGAGCCUUUUGGACCUAGACUGGGCGCCCGGUACCGCUUGCCAUGCGGUAACAGAGAGAACAGUCUAUGACUUGGGUGACUGGAGUCUUUAACAAUUAUUUGGGCCUUCCUCUGACACCUCCCAGUAUAUAGGCUCAGGAUGGCAGGAAGCUUUGCCCCAGUCAUGUAUAGGGCCAUACGCACUUCCCUCUUUAGCACCUUAUGAUUGGAUGCCGAACAGUUACCAUACCAGCCGGUGGUGCAACCGGUCAAGAUGCUCUCGAUGGUGCAGCUGUAGAAAGUUCUGAGGAUCUGGGGACCCAGGCCUAAUCUUUUCAGUCUCCUGAGGGUGAAAGGUGUUGUCGUGCCAUCUUCACGACUGUCUUGGUGUGUUUGGACCAUGAUAGUUUGUUGGUGAUGUGGACACCAAGAAACAUGAAACUCUCGACUCGCUCCACUACAGCCACAUAUAUGUGAAUGGGGGCGAGUUCUGCCCUCCUUUUCCUGUAGUCCACGAUCAGCUCCUUUGUCUUGCUCACGUUGAGGGAGAGGUUGUUGUCCUGGCAUCACACUGCCAGGUCUCUGACAUCCUCCCUAUAGGCUGUCUCAUCAUUGUUGGUGAUCAGGCCUACUGUUGUGUCGUCAGCAAACUUAAUGAUGGUGUUAGAGUCAUGCUUGACCACGCAGUCGUGGAUGAACAGGGAGUACAGGAGGGGAAUAAGCACACACUCCUGAGGGGCCCAAGUAUUGAGGAUCAGAGUGGCAGAUGUGUUGUUGCCUACCCUUAUCAUCUGGGGGUGGCCUGUCAGGACAUCCAGGAUCCAUCUGCAGAGGGAGGUGUUUAGUCCCAGAGUCCUUAGUUUAGUGAUGAGCUUUGUGGGCACUAUGGUGUUGAACGCUGAGAUGUAGUCAUUGAACAGCAUUCUCACAUAGGUGUUCCUUUUGUGUAGGUGGGAAAGGGCAGUGUGGAGUGCAAUUGAGAUUGCACAAUCUGUGGAUCUGUUGGGGCGGUAUGUGAAUUGGAGUGGGUCUAGGAUUUCUGGGAUGAUGUGAUUGAUGUGAGCCAUGACCGGCCUUUCAAAUCACUUCAUGGCUACCAACGUGAGUGCUACGGGGUAGUCAAUUAGGCAGGUUACCUUCGCUUUCUUGGACACAGGGACUAUUCACUUCCAUGCUGGGUUGACUCAGCAGAUGUGUUUUUAAUGUAAUCCGUAGGUUAUUUUCAAGAGGCAUGGCUUUCAUGAGAGUAAAUGUCAUUACCUGUCACACCCUGACCAUAGUUUGCUUUGUAUGUUUCUAUGUUUUGGUUGGUCAGGGUGUGAUCUGAGUGGGUAUUCUAUGUUGGAUGUUUUGUUUGCCUAUUUCUAUGUCUGGCCUGAUAUGGUUCUCAAUCAGAGGCAGGUGUUAGUCAUUGUCUCUGAUUGGGAACCAUAUUUAGGUAGCCUGGGUUUCACUGUGUGUUUGUGGGUGAUUGUUCCUGUCUUUGUGUUUGCACCAGAUGGUUUUAGGUUUUCUCACGUUUGUUGUUUUUGUUAGUUAUCUCAUGUGUAGUGUCUUUAUAAAUUAAAGAACAUGAAUAACCACCAUGCUGCAUUUUGGUCCACCUCUACUUCACCUAAAGAAAACCGUUACAUUACCUGUUCAUCAUGUUAUAUUUGGUAAACUUAUAAUAAAGACAUUCCUUUAAUAUUUUUUGAAUAUGAAAUUAAUAACAGUAUUUAACUAUCCCAACAUUGGGAUAUGCAUCAGCACUUGAACAACUUAAUUUAUUAAGCUACAAAAGUGUCACUUCUCAACCUGAAGAUAUACAAUACAACAGAUUAACCAGAAUUACAUUUUUUUUGUAUUUUAAUUUUAUUUAACCUUUAUUUAACCAGGUAGGCUAGUUGAGAACAAGUUCUCAUUUACAACAUAUACUCUCGUGGGUGGCCAAAAAUAGCUAUAUAAAAUCCACGCCCCUACUAAGCCACGCCUCCAGUUUUCUGAUCUGACCCGGGUUUUUAACCCAGCAUUUUUUCGAGUGUAUGGCUGGUGUACACAAGAGUCACAUUCUAUUUGGCCUGUAUUUCUUUCUCAAAUUAUAAUAAGUCUAUAAAUGAAUCACCUAUGUUUACAUUACAUUUUCAAAUAGUAUUCACAUUGCUUUCACUGUGUGGGAAUUUGCAAUCUAUGAGGGAAAUUUGAAAUGCAAUUUAUUUGUUAAUUCUAAUAUAUUUGAGUCAAAGGAAUACACAAUAAAUCCAAUCCCUUAUCUUUA